AUGAACGCUGUCGACAUGGAGACAACGGGCACCACUGACUCAAGCGUCGGCCAUGGAGCAGGCGACGGCCCGAGCGUCCUCCUUCUCCCGCUCCCGGGGGCGCAGGGCCACACAAACCCGAUGCUCCAGUUCAGCCGCCGCCUCGCAUACCACGGCCUCCGCCCCACCCUCGUCGUCACCCGGUACGUGCUCUCCACCACCUCGCACCCUGUCGCGCCGUUCCGCAUGGCCGUAAUCUCGGACGGCUUCGAUGCUGGUGGCAUGGCGCUGUGCCCCGACUACGCGGAGUACUUCCCACGACUGGAGGCCGUCGGGUCCGAGACUCUGCGGGAGCUCCUUCUGUCCGAGGCGCGCGCUGGGCGGCCAGUGCGCGUGCUGGUUUACGACCCUCAUCUUGCCUGGGCGCUGCGGGUGGCGCGGGCGGCCGGCGUGGCCACCGCGGCCUUCUUCUCCCAGCCGUGUGCUGUGGACAUCGUGUAUGGGGAGCUCUGGGCGGGGCGGCUGGCGCUGCCGGUGACAGACGGGCGAGCACUGCUCGCGAGAGAAGCACUGGGCGUGGAGCUUGGGCCGGAGGACAUGCCGCCAUUCGCGGCUGUGCCGGAGUUGCAACCGGUGCUCACCAAGACGUCGAUUGGGCAGUUCGACGGUCUGGAGGACGCCGACGACGUGCUCCUCAACUCUUUCCGCGACAUCGCGCCAAAGGAGGCCGAGUACAUGGAGUUAACAUGGAGAGCAAAGAUGAUUGGUCCAACUAUGCCAUCGUACUUUCUUGAUGAUAAUCGCCUACCAUCCAACAAGUCUUACGGUUUCAACUUGUUCAGUGAUGGUGUAUCGUGUAUGGAUUGGUUAGACAAGCAUAGCAUGUCCUCCGUUGUGCUUGUAUGCUAUGGCACCGUCUCUAACUACGAUGCAACCCUGUUGGAGGAGCUUGGCAGUGGACUAUGCAAUUCUGGCAAACCUUUUCUUCGGGUUGUCAGAUCCAACGAGGCACACAAGUUAUCGGAAGAACUCAAGGAGAAAUGUGAGAACAAUGGAUUAAUUGUUGCAUGGUUCCACCAACUUCAAGUUUUGCACACAAGGCUAUCGGGCCCUCGAGUCCAUCGUUGCUGGAAGGGCUUCAAAACUCAAAUUCUCAUACCUGAAUCCUGA